AUGGGGGAACAAGUAAGCGAGUGCGCGCUGCCGGAGCGAAGGGAGCUGCUUCUCGCCGCUGCCGGCCAGGAGAAGCCAGGACUGCCGCUCCGCAGAAAGGUUUGCUAUGCCGUUGGGGGCAUUCCCUACCAGAUGACAGGCAACGUCCUUGGGUUUUUCCUCCAGAUCUUCCUGUUGGAUGUUGUGCAGCUGAAGCCAUUCCAUGCCUCUCUGAUCAUUUUCCUUGGAAGAGCCUGGGAUGCAGUUACCGACCCUGCUAUUGGCUUCCUGGUCAGCAAGAGCCCGAGGAGAAAAUAUGGCAAGUUGGUUCCCUGGAUUGCAUACUCCAUGCCAUUCGGGGUGCUCUGCUACUGCAUGAUGUGGUCCACCCUCUCGGAUGCCACUCCCGCCUCCCUGAAAUUCCUGUGGUACCUGUUCACAUACAGCUUCUUCCAGACUUGCAUGACUUGCUACCACGUGCCGUACUCUUCCCUGACAAUGUUCCUGGGAGGAACCCAGCAAGAUCGUGACUCAGCCACUGCCUACCGAAUGGGGAUGGAGGUGUUCAGCACACUCCUUGGGUCAGGAAUCCAGGGGCAGAUUGUGGGCAGCUACCACGCCCGCAUGAUGAACGGCUGUUACGUGCCGAACGAGACCCUGCCCAACACCAGCACCUACAGCCUCACGGACUCUCUGGGGAACACGCGUAGGGCCUAUGUAUUUGCGUCCCUGGUCCUGGGCUCAAUCUACUGCCUGUCCUGUCUGAUUCUCAUCUUUGGAGUCAGGGAGCAGCCCGGGCCCCUCAGCCCCCUGGGGAAGGUUGAGCUGCCCUUUGCCCGCUGCCUGAGGAUGAUUGUGGGACACAAGCCCUACACCCACCUGCUGUGUGGCUUCCUCUUUGCGUCCCUGGCCUUCCAGGUGCGAGACCUGCCGUGGCAGGAGGAGAGCUUGGGGGACGAGAUGUCCAAGCAAGUUAUCCAGACAGCGAACUUGGGAUCUCGAGCCGUGAACCUGUCCGCAUUGCCUUCCCAGAUCACACAGGGGAUCUUUGCCUUCUUCUGUACUCAUGCCGCGGGGCUGGCCGGGAAAUUCCAGCAUUUAGUGCUUAUCAUGUUGCUGAUGAUCCCAGCCCUGGCAGCCACCACCCAGGUGAUGCACAACUUCCCGGCCUUCGUCUUCCUGAUGAUCAUGGCAGGCUGCAGCACGGCCGUGCUCUACCUUCUACCCUGGUCCAUGCUGCCGGAUGCGGUGGAUGACUUCAUGCUGAGGAACCCCAGCUGCCUCAACCUGGAGGCUCUCUUCUAUUCGUUUUACGUCUUCUUCAACAAGUUUGCAGGUGGCCUUGCCGUGGGGAUAUCGACGCUGAGUUUACAUUUUGCAGGUUACCGUGCUGGAGACUGCACGUACAACCCCUCCGUCAUCCUCAGCCUGCAGCUUCUCAUGGGCCCAGUCCCAAUAAGCCUGCUGCUCAUCGCCGUAGUCAUCUUCUGCCUCCAUCCCAUCAAUGAGGAGAGGAGGAAGCAGAUGAGAAUGGAGAUGGAGGCAAUGGG